UCCCUCUGUUCUCCCUGCAGCCGCACCACGGUCUCUUCCCGCGGGAUCCUCCACGAUGUUCUCCCUCACGCUCUUUACGCUCCUCGCUCUUUCCGGCUUCUCCUCGUUCGUUCAAGCCGCCCACAUCAAGCUCGCGCACGUGCACCACGCUCGCGCGCCCGCUCCCGUCGGCUCUCCUGCCACACACGCGAGGCAGCGGCGAUGCGCUGCGCACAGGGCGCACAACUCCACGGCCUCGGUUGCACGGACGAGCACGCAUACCACCAGCACGCACACCAGCGCCGCCCCACAGAAGACUCCGGCGAAGCAGACGUCGUCGGGUGCCAGCAGCGGCUGUUUCCCCGCGCUGGGGUUCGAGACGCCCGCGGACGUCCCGGACAGCCUCGACGGAUGGUGGUGCGACGACAAGACCGAGUACGCCUUCCUCGGGUUCAGCUACGAGGUCAGCGCCUGCCAGUCUCCUAGCACGCUCGACAAGGACUUUGCGAACAUCCGCAACAACUUCAACGGACGCUACAUCCGGCUCUAUGGUGCCUGUGACAACAAAGGGUUCUACGACGACGUUGUGGAGGCUGCCUACAAGAACGGCCUCGGCGUCCACGCCCUCAUCUGGUUCGGCUUCGACGGCGACAACAAAUGGGAGACCCGCCGCGACGCGCUCUUCUCCACCCUCCACUCGAACCCGAAGGCCAAGUUCGUCACGCGCGCGGUCCAGUUCGGCUCCGAGCCGCUCCUCGACGGCGUCCUGCCCGCCUCGCAGCUCGCGGCGCAGGUCAGGGCCGCGCAGGACAACCUCGCGGGCCUGAAGAUCCCCGUCACCGUCUCGGACAUGCAGUGGUCGUUCCAGAUGAACGGCGGCGCGGGCCUGAAGGUCCUCGACGUCGUCGACGUCAUCGACGCGCACAUGCUGCCGUUCUUUGGCCGGGAGGCCACGACCGCGAACGCAGCGUGGCCCUCCAUCAAGAGCAGCGUCGACAAGUUCUGGGUCCCCCAGGCCAACGGCCGCAAGAUCUACUUCACCGAGAACGGAUGGCCGUCCGGGGUGCACGAUGAGAGCCAGCGGCCGAACAGCGCGGGCGCGCAGGCGUCGCUCGCGCAGGAGAAGGACUACUUCGCCCUGCUCGACGCGAACUGCGCGUACUUCAAGUCCGUCCCCGGCGGCGGCCUCGGCUGGUUCGCGCACAUCUACUCGGACGCGAUGGAGGACGGCUACGGGAUCCUGACCGCGUCCGGGAAGCUCAAGUUCGCCUUCGCGCCCAGGACGCACUGCUAAGCGCAGGCUUUCGGGGUUCGGGCUUGUGUUGGUGACAAAGCGCCUUUGUCUUUGUCUGUUGUGUUGUUGGCUGUCUGGAUUCCGGGUGAUAUCAAGGUCUCUAGUGCUCACUUUACAUACGUUCCAUAGGUUCUUCAGGUUUGCACACCGGCCGAGGGGGGUGCACCGGUGCACGUCAGCUCCUACAUGGUCGUUUCCGCUUUCUCCUUUCCACUUACUAUUGUUCAAAUGGGGGCUGGCGUGCCCGCGGCCACAUACACCCCCUUCGUCUUGUGUCCCUCGAAGGGACCGCUGCUGUUGUAUCGACUGUCGAAUAGUCUGUUGCCAAAUAUAAGCCAUGUUGUAUCGUCCCGCAUACGCGCUGCGGCGAC